AUGCCUCGCCAAUCCUUGCUCCAAAAAGCAAGACUUCAACUUUCGUCUAAUAAAAUUGUAGAAGGUGCACUCACAUAUCUUCAAGCUACUGAGGGCCUUCUUCUUCGUCAACAUAGGCGCAAAGACAUUUCUGAAGAUGAUUAUAAAUUUCGAACAAAUGAAAUCACAUAUUUCAAAAAUAUAAUCGAACAAUUGAAUUUUAAAGCCAAGAACUUACAAGAUGAAAUUAAUAAAUUGAGAAACAAAAAUAAAGAUUUGAAAAAAGAAAAUAAAGAUUUACAUGAAGAAAUGAAUAAUCUUAGUCAGAAUUUCGGUUUAAUUCAUUUAGAUGAAAAUAAAGAAUUAUUAGGAAGAAAAAAACAAGAGAUGAUAAAUGCAUUACAUGAAAUUCGAAAAGUAUUUGAUUUGUAUAAAAAUAAAUAUAAACUAGGUACUAUUGAUGCUGUCCCUUCGAAGAUUGUCGAAAUUAUUGAGAUUAAAGCUGGCCCUUCGAUGAUUGUCGAAACAAAAUCAACAUUCGAAAUAUUGCAAACUCCAGAAAUCUUAGCAAAUAUUGUUUUAAAUUUAUCUCCAAGUGAUAUUUUUAAAGAUGCAGACUUAUCUAGUGAAGAAGCAAUCAUUAAAGAAGGAAUAAUCAAAGCAAUUCAUUCAGUAGAUUUUUAUCAACUUCAAGGACGUUAUUUAA